CUCCGUGCCCCCGGCGGCUCCUCCUCCUCCGCCGCUCCGCUGCACUUUGCCCCGCUCCUCCUCCGCUCCUCCUCCGCUCCGCAGGCUCCCAUGGCCGGUGUCGCCCUGAAAACUCUCGCUGCUCGGCGUCUGGUCCAUUUGUCGCGGUUUGUUCGUCCGUGUGUGGUUCCGCGCCUCAAGCUGCACGUGGCGGCGUCUCCUCUCAGGAUGGGAGCUUCGGUGGAGCAGUUCGAGGAGGCAAAGUCCAAACUGUCGACUCUGAAAAACGACCCCGGAAACGAAGCCAAGCUGAAGAUCUACGCUCUGUUCAAACAGGCCACCGUGGGGCGCUGCAGCACGGCCCGGCCCGGCAUGAUCGACUUCAUCAACCGAGCCAAGUGGGACGCCUGGAACGCCCUGGGAGACACCGCACAGGACGACGCCCGUCAGCAGUACUGCGAUCUGAUUGGCUCCCUGGUGGCGGCUGAAGGAGGAAGUGCCUCCGUCGCCGCUCGGCCUGCUGGGAGUUUGAGUUCACCGUACGAGACGCUGCUGGUGACGACGGAAAACAACAUCACGACCAUCACCCUGAACCGCCCCGCCAAGAAGAACGCCAUCACCACCGAGAUGUACAGGGAGAUCAUGGCGGCUCUGGAUCAGGCGUCGUCGGACUCGUCGGUUCUCACCGUCUUCACCGGAGCCGGAGAUUUUUACUGCAGCGGCAACGACCUCACCAACUUCACCGAGAUCCCCGAAGGAGGACUGGAGCAGAAGGCCAAGGACGGAGGAGAACUGCUCAGGCAGUACGUGAAGUCGUACAUAGAUUUCCCGAAGCCUCUGGUUGCCGUGGUGAACGGUCCAGCGGUGGGAGUGUCGGUGACGGUGUUGGGACUGUUUGACCUCGUCUACGCCACAGAGCGGGCGACGUUCCACACGCCGUUCAGUCAACUGGGCCAGAGCGCAGAGGGCUGCUCCUCCUACACCUUCCCCAAACUCAUGGGACACGCCAAAGCCUGUGAGAUGUUGCUCUUCAAUAAGAAGUUGUCGGCGGUUCAGGCGUGUCACUUGGGUUUGGUCACCGAGGUUUUUCCAGAUUCCACUUUUCAGACGGAAGUUUGGACCCGACUCAAAUCCUACGCCCGACUGCCCCCCAACUCCCUGUCCCUGUCGAAGCAGCUGGUCCGUUCUGCAGAGCGAGAUCUUCUCCACAGAGUGAACGACGCUGAGGUGGAGCGGCUGGUGGAGCGCUGGACCUCAGACGAGUGUUUCAGCGCCAUCGUCAGCUUCUUCCAGAACAAAGCCAAACUCUGAGACCAGGACCAGGACCAGGACCAGGACCUGGACCUGGACCAGGACCAGGACCAGGACCUGGACCAGGACCUGGCUCUGAGACCUGCACACCAGAUCCUCUUGAUCCUGUAACAUGAAGAUCUUUGUUUGUUUCACGUUCUUGUGAUUUUCAUGUUUUUAAUGAACCUCAGAUUUGAAUCCUCGUUUGAGACGCGUCUCAGUGAAGCGUCGUCGUGUUUACAGAUUCUGUUUAAGUAGAAUAAAAAUUUAAAAACUUUGUAAAAGUGCCUAAAAUCUCACAACUUUUGUGUCAUAAAAUAUUUGUAAAGAUUAA